AUGCUAAUCUCCGUUGCAUCACUGCUGCUGCUGCUGCUUCAGUUACUCUCGUGUGUAGGUAAGAGCAUUUAGAUACUUAUCAUUUCAUUUUCUUCUGGGAUAAGUUUAUACUUGCUUCUUUAAUCUGACUUCUGUAGCAAUUACCGACGAGAAGUAGCAUCACAUAAUACAGCUGAUAAUAUGCCAGCUAUAGUGAAACCCUGCUUGAUUCAUUUAGUAAACAAUCACUUCGGUACUACUUCCGCUGUGUGACGUAGGAGGAAAUGUUGAUUGUACCACUUUAUCAGAAUAUACCGACCAAGUUGAAACAUGGAAAUCAACCACGUGCUUUUUCGCGCCUGUUCGAACUAAAGACGCUACACUGAAUACUAAAAUACUUGGAUUAAGGAAAUUUGGUAAAAAUAUCUAAACGAUCCGAGGGUGCGCUAAAUUACAGUAUUAUUGUUUGUGUUGAAGGUCAACCGCUGAGAUUCCAUUCGCCAUAUGCUAAGAAGAAGGUGACAGGGAGGAUUGCUCACUCUGUGACAUUCGAAUGGAAGUUUUCUGGUGGAGUGCACACGGUAAUCUGGGGAUUAGCGAAUAAAAAAAGCAUUAACAGAAUUAGCGGACGCUUAGUAUAUUUAAAUAGACGUAAUGUCGAUGUGCUUUCACCUGGAUUAGUCCCUGUUGCAUACAGAGGUCGUGUAAAUGGAACUCGUACUGGUGACUCGUCCUUUGGUCGGGCCAGCUUCACACUUUAUAAUGUCACCAAAGAUGAUGAGAGAUUUUAUGGAUGUUUGUUAACACCUGAUGACCCAAAUGAGCUGGCAAUAUCUGACCUCGUGCAGUUAGCUGUUGUCGGUAUGUAUAUUUAUAGAGAUCUUGAGACUCAAGGACGAGGACGACAUCUGGUUACUUGA